AACGCGGAAAUGACUACGAAAGAAUAAAAGAAAAUGGCAGCGCCCAUGGAACCUCCGCGAUGAACUUGUCCCUUCGAAACAAUUGAAGUUAUUCAUGCACAAGAUCAGCUAUUUACAAUAAUAACGUUGAAGGAACCCAAAGAUCAUCAUGAAAUUGACUUGUCUGUCAGCCAAUCCAAGCAAACCUUGCUUCAUCCUUCACUUCAAAGGUGUGACGUUUAUGUUGGAUUGUGGUUUGGAUGUCAGAGAAAUCCUCAAGUUUCUACCCCUGCCUGUGGUACACAAUGAAAGAUUAUCUAAGUUAAAAGGAUGGACGUCAUCUGAGGACAAAAGUGAGGAAUAUACAAUGUUGGAACAAGAGUUGAAGCAGUGUGGAGGAAAUGUGUUUGUAGAUGGAAUGAUAGAAUUCUCCAUACCAGAAGUGAGCAUCACUGACUUGUCCCAGGUGGACGCCAUCUUGGUGUCUAACCACAAUACAAUCCUCGCUCUGCCUUAUAUUACUGAGUACACUGGCUUCAAAGGAAUAGUCUACUGUACCGACCCAACUCUUCAGAUCGGGAGACAAUACAUGGACGAAUUGGUAACUUACAUUGAGAGGACCCCAAAAUCUAAUGUCUGUACCCAGUGGAAAGCGGACAAUAUUCUAAAAAUGUUGCCCCCCCUCCUCAGAGAUACUGUUCGUCCUCAGAUGUGGAAGAAAUGCUACACAAGACAUGAUGUUAACUCCAGUCUCGCCCGCGUCCAGGUGGUGGGCUAUAAUGAAAGACGGGAUAUCUACGGCUCUCUGACAGUGCUGGCCUGUAGUUCCGGUUACAGUAUCGGCAGCUGUAAUUGGGUUAUCAGCUCCGAGUAUGAAAAGAUCUGCUAUGUUGCUGGAACAUCAACAUUGACUACCCACCCAAAGCCAGUGGACCAAGCGCCCCUGAGAAACAGUGACCUCCUCAUCCUUGGAUGUCUGACCCAGACACCAACCGUUAACCCUGAUGCCAUGAUUGGGGAAUUCUGUGUUAAUGCAGCUGUUACUCUGAAGAAUGGCGGCAAUGUCCUUGUGCCCUGUUAUCCCUCUGGAAUCACCUAUGACCUGUUUGAAUGUUUGAGCGGCCAUCUUGACACAUGUGGACUGAGUACCAUCCCUAUGUAUUUCCUAUCUCCAGUAUCUGAUAGUGUUCUCGCCUUCUCAAACAUCUUUGCAGAGUGGCUGUCUACAGUGAAACAGUCCAGGGUUUACCUCCCUGAACCACCCUUCCCACAUGCAGAGUUGGUGACGUUGGGCAGGCUGAAGCACUUCAAUAACAUACAUGAUGGUCUGAAUACUGACUUCAAGACACCAUGUAUUGUAUUUACGGGUCACCCCUCGCUGAGGAUGGGCGACGUCGUCCACUUUAUAGAGAUGUGGGGGAAGUCUUCCGGAAACACAAUUAUAUUUACAGAGCCUGAUUUUCCUUACCUUGAUGCUUUAGCGCCGUACCAACCGAUGCAGAUGAGGGUGUGUUAUUGUCCUAUAGACACCAGCCUCAACUUUGGCCAGGCUAAUAAACUCAUCAAAGAUCUCAAACCAUCUCACCUGGUGGUCGCAGAGAGCUACACGCAUCCGCCCGUCUCCAUGCCGACCCGCACAGAGUUUGUCAUUGAGUGGGAACCUGGCCCUUUGACAUACAAACGAGGGGAGAUCGUAUCAUUGCCAAUUAAACGCCAGUUUGAGUCUGUGGAGUUGAGCUCUGAGCUGGCAGCCUCUCUGGAACCGUCAGAAGUAAAGCCAGGGACUAGUCUAUGUAUGGUCACCGCCUCUCUGGUCGUCAAGGACAACAAAUACCUGUUAAAGCCAUUGUCAUCAGAGUCUUUAUCCAUUAAAAGACGAGCGGAUGGUUCAUUGAUCCGACCAAAAUCCUACAUCUGGGGAAAACUCAACAUUCAGUCUUUUGUGGAUGCCCUAACUAAGCAAGGUAUAACAGACAUAAAAGUGGAGAGUAUUGGAGAGAACGGCUCCAUUAUACAUCUGUCCAAUGAUGAUACGCUGAUACAAGUGGAGUCUGACUCGACACACAUCAUAUGUGAGGGGGAAGAGGCAGUUAGGACUAAACUCAGGGACACCCUACUCAAAUGUCUCCACAAACUGUGACACCAGUGUCUCCAUAAACUACAACACAUGACCAGCCGUGAGAUGUACAGAAUUCAUAUGUCUCCACAAACUGUGACACCAGUGUCUCCAUAAACUACAACACAUGACCAGUCGUGAGAUGUACAGAAUUCAUAUGAUGUCUCCAAAGACUGACAUUGGUCCAGUCCUGAGACGUAAUGACAUAUAAAGACCAGUGUCUCCACAAUCCGUGAUACUUAAAGAUCUGUGAGAUGUACAGAAAUAAACAAGCUCAGUGUCUCCUGAAGCUAUGAUAGGUGGAUCAGAUCCGAGACGAAGGACUUUCUCUAUACAAACUCAGUGUCUCCAAAUACCAGUACUAUGAUAAUGUCGUAGGUGUGUGAGAGAAUGGAGACUUUAUAAACAAACCCACUGUCUCCGUCCAUGAUAGAGGGAAGAAUGUUUUAUAUGGUCAGGUUCAUUAUAGAGGAGAGAACUUCUAUAUAUGGUCAGGUUCAUUAUAGAGGAGAGAACUUCUGUAUAUGGUCAGGUUCAUGAUAGAGGAGAGAACUUCUAUAUAUGGUCAGGUUCAUGAUAGAGGAGAGAACUUCUAUAUAUGGUCAGGUUCAUUAUAGAGGAGAGAACUUCUAUAUAUGGUCAGGUUCAUGAUAGAGGAGAGAACUUCUAUAUAUGGUCAUGUUCAUGAUGGAGGAGAGAACUUCUAUAUAUGGUAAGGUUCAUGUUAGAGGAGAGAACUUCUAUAUAUGGUCAGGUUCAUGUUAGAGGAGAGAACUUCUGUAUAUGGUCAGGUUCAUUAUAGAGGAGAGAACUGUAUAUGGUCAGGUUCAUUAUAGAGGAGAGAACUUCUAUAUAUGGUCAUGUUCAUUGUAGAGAGAACUUCUUUAUAUGGUCAGGUUCAUGAUAGAGAGAACUUCUGUAUAUGGUCAGGUUCAUGAUAGAGGAGAGAACUUCUGUAUAUGGUCAGGUUCAUGAUGGAGGAGAGAACUUCUAUAUAUGGUAAGGUUCAUGUUAGAGGAGAGAACUUCUAUAUAUGGUCAGGUUCAUGAUAGAGGAGAGAACUUCUAUAUAUGGUCAUGUUCAUUAUAGAGGAGAGAACUUCUAUAUAUGGUCAGGUUCAUGUUAGAGGAGAGAACUUCUGUAUAUGGUCAGGUUCAUGUUAGAGGAGAGAACUUCUAAAUAUGGUCAGGUUCAUGUUAGAGGAGAGAACUUCUAUAUAUGGUCAGGUUCAUGUUAGAGGAGAGAACUUCUAUAUAUGGUCAGGUUCAUGUUAGAGGAGAGAACUUCUAUAUAUGGUCAGGUUCAUGAUAGAGGAGAGAACUUCUGUAUAUGGUCAGGUUCAUGUUAGAGGAGAGAACUUCUGUAUAUGGUCAGGUUCAUGAUAGAGGAACGAACUUCUGUAUAUGGUCAGGUUCAUGAUAGAGGGAAGAAUUUCUGUAAAGUAUUGCCACUUGUUGAAUUAGACACAGCAAGUCAAGCUUUAAGAAACAGAAAUAUUUCUACUGAAACUUUUCAGGUUAGAUUUGUGCAGACAACUAAACAAUGAAUGUGGCCCAGAGAGAUGCUAAAAAUUUUACAUGCAUCAUCAGAAGUGUCCUCAUCCUGUUUCGAGGCUGAACUGAGAAACACAUGCUGCUAAAUUGAUGGAUGUGGUCAUAAAUCAUUGGCAGAAUUUAGUAUUGUUACAACAAACUGACAGCACACUUCAAAUACUCAAGUUUGUCCAAAAGACCUUGGACAAUGUCAUGAGAAAGAGUCGAGGACAACAAAUUAAGCCCAAAAAAUUAGGUGACUCCACUCGAACAACACUGUAAGGACAUAUGGCUAUAUUGAUGUACUUGACAUGUUAACAUGACUUCUGUAGUACCAAUAAAAUUCAAAUUUGGUGCUAUAUACAUGCAA